UCCUGGGCGCACUCAUGUGUUGUUGGUUACUAAGCAACUUACGCGAGCUACAUAAGCUGCGUCAUUUCCUGUGCAGGGACGCGUUGGAGCGAGCCAGUUCAGUCGAUCCCCUUGCUCCGACAGCUGAAGGCUAGACGACGAAGACGGUCGAUCUCCGUGCCGUUUUACUUAGUUUCUUCGCGCACUUACGAAUAACUUUCCAACCUGUUAGAUUUUUUUUGUCUGUGGAAUACACCUGGCGCACUUUCCAAGGGACUCACGCGCGUUUCAACUUUCUGAUUUGAGCGUGCCAAAGGAUAACAACUUUGUGUUUCAGUUUGAGUGCCAUAUCCUCCAAAUACGGGACAAAUGGAUUAGAACUGAACGCUGAACCCGGUGCUCUACUUUUGAAAUUAAUCAACGAGAACGCAUUCAUGUGAUUAUGGUGGUUGUAAAGCUUUGGAUUUCUGGGCAAAGAUCCUGAACUCCUUCGUAAGGGAUUCACUGUUGACGACAGAGAUAUUGGAGAAGACGCACUGGCCACUUGACCCUUUUUCGCGAGCGCAAGACGCACCGGAGCGCGCUGCUUUCUGUCGGUGUUAUUUGGAAGGUCCUCUGUGACCCGUUCGGUGUAUUAUUAAUUAUGACUGUGAACAUGAAGGCAUCGCAGUGCCAUGCGCCGCUCCGCAGACUCCUGUAGACUCGGUUCCGGUGCUACUGCAAUGCUCGCCGGACCCCUCCGCUUCCGCGUGGCUCUGUGAUCCAGGCAAAGGGCGCGAGGAUGAGCACGGACCUGGAGCGCCUGUCGCUCAACUCUUCCUCGGGCAACUCCGUGGCGUCUAGCGCGCGUACCCUUUCCGCCAACGUGAAGAAGCUUCACAACGCGCUCAACCUGCUGCUCAGCGACCUCGAGAGAGAGCAGUUCAUCCACUGCCUCAACGUGUACCACUCCAAACGCAACGUGUACGAUCUGGUCCAGACGCUUAAAGUCAUACUGAACGUCCCGAGCAAGCGUCAGCUCCUGCCCAUGCUGCGGCUGGUCAUCCCGCGCUCGGACCAGCUUCUGUUCGAUCAGUACACAUCUGAAGGGCUCUAUUUGAAAUCCGACGUUCUUGCGCGCAAUGGUGACCCAGACGGUUCCCACGAGGCUGCUAAUUCGAGUCCAGCACACGGGGCUCACUUCUCGCCUCCUUCCGCGUCUCAAGCCGCUCUGCGCGGUUCUCCUGACACUAUCAGCACCAGCAGCGAUGGGACAGCGACUCUUAUUCCAUUGCUGGGGAGAAAUUUCUUACCGGAGCCCCCAGGAGAGAUCCGACAGGUGACCCUCAAGCGUCACAAGAGCAACGAGGGUUUGGGAUUUAGCAUCCGCGGAGGAUCCGAGCAUGGAGUUGGGAUCUAUGUGUCACUGGUAGAACCGGGAUCACUGGCUGAGAAGGAGGGCUUGAGAAUUGGAGAUCAGAUAAUGAAAGUUAAUGAUAAAGUGUUCGACCGGGUCACGCACGCAGAGGCAGUUAAGGUGCUGAAGGGCAGCAAAAAGCUCUCCAUGUCGGUGCGUUCUGUGGGACGGAUCCCAGGCGGUUAUGUUACAAAUCACGUGUACACCUGGGUGGAUCCGCAGGGACGCAGUGUGUCCCCACCCCCUGACCUGCUGGCAGAGCAUCGCAGUGCCACCCUGCGCAGGUCCAACAGUCAGGGCCGCAGCCACAUGCAGCUUCUGCAGGACGGCGAUGAAAAGAAGGUAAAUUUGGUUCUGGAUGAUGGCCGUUCUCUAGGUCUCAUGAUUCGCGGAGGAGCUGAAUAUUCUUUAGGUAUCUACAUCACAGGUGUGGACAGAGGCUCUGCAGCAGAGUGUGGAGGAAUCAAGGUCGGCGAUCAGAUCCUGGAGGUUAAUGGCCGGAGUUUCCUCGGCAUCCCACACGAUGAGGCCGUACGAGUGCUGAAGUCUUCACACCACCUGAUGAUGACGGUGAAGGAUGUCGGGCGACUGCCGCAUGCCCGAACCGUAGUGGGCGAGACAAAGUGGAUCACAAGCUCACAGAUAACAGACAGCUCGGCCAGCAGCAGUGUCACAGGCCUCUCUCUGGACCAGGGGGCAUCAGCAUCAACAAAGGGCGGCUUUUAUAAAGGUGUGGCGGGAUCUCAGGUGACUCUAUCCAGUCUGGUGAACCAGAGCAGGGCCAUGCUGGAGGAACAGGCCAGACAUCUGCUGACCGAACAGGAAAGGCAGACCAUGGGUUACUACAUCCAGGAGUAUCGCGAUGGUCACAUCGGUGUUGAGCAGCUGGUCAUGGCCCUCUUUGAGCUGUUCAAUACACAUGCCAAGUUCUCUCUGCUGUCAGAGGUGAGGGGGCUCGUGACCCCUCAGGAUGUGGAGAGAUUUGACGGCCUGGUUCUGAGACGAGAGAUCGAGGCGCUGAAGGCGAGGCAAGGUGGCGGAACUGGGUUUCAAGACUCCUUCUCCAUGGUCUCGUACCCUGAUACGCUCGCUUCCUCCUCAGCCAGCUUUGUGACCAACACCACCCUCAGCUCCGCACGGAACGAUGGUGUUGCAGAGAACAACGGGGAACAGUCUCUGGAGCGUAGCAAUGCCCUGCCAGACAUCUCUCUGGAUGAGGUUCAUUCCACCUCAGAUUCCCCUCCUUCCUUUAAACCUCCUCCUCCCCCAGGGCUUCAGCGCCGGCCCAGUCGAAAAGCCACGCUUAGCAAACGUGCCUCUUCCAGCUCUUCCCAAUCUGGCUUGUACUUCACCGCCCCUUCUCGUUCCCAUACCAAACAUGCAAAAGCACCCAAACCUCACACGUCUCCUCCUGACACCCUCAAGAUAGACGUCCCAGCACAUCAGCUCGCAGUUGUAAGCCAGCAUCCUAUUGGACCGUUCCCCCGGGUCCAGUCUCCUAGUAAGGUGAAGACUGCUGUCCAAUCCUCAUCUCUGGUUCCUCCACCUGCCCCUAACGUACCUGCACCACCUGGGCCGCCGCCGCCGCCUCCUCCUCCUCCUCCUCUCCCCCCUUGCCCAGAUAAGCCCGCCCCUUCUUCUCCAGCAACCAAUCAGCAUUUUGUCAUGGUGGAGGUGCACAGGCCCAACGCAGAGCCUGAUGUGAACGAGGUCCGGCCACUGCCACAGGCUCGAGGAGGGACAUUAUCCCAGCUGUCAGACAGCGGACAGACCCUUAGCGAAGACAGCGGCGUGGACAUUGCUGAAUCUGGGCGUCUCAGUAAGGAUAGCAGCCCACGUCCUGCCCGCACAAGAGCCCCGCGGGAUGGGCACAGAGGAGGAGAAACAUCUGCCAAACCGCCGGGUCUGUUGGAGCCUAUGUCCACUCUAGUGAGAGUGGCAAAAAGCGCCAGUACUCUAGGCAUCGCAAUAGAAGGCGGGGCAAACACACGUCAGCCCCUCCCACGCAUCGUUACCAUACAGAGAGGCGGUUCGGCUCAUAACUGUGGACAGUUGAAGGUGGGUCAGGUGAUCCUAGAAGUGAAUGGAGUGUCUCUCAGAGGAAAAGAACAUCGGGAAGCCGCACGUCUCAUCGCGGAGGCCUUUAAAACCAAAGAGAAGGACUACAUUGACUUCUUGAUCACAGAGUUCAAUGUGGCUCUAUAGGACCGUGCGAGUCCCAUUGUGCUGGGACACUGGGACGGAUCACAACAUGUCUUGCCAUGAUUAACCCCCAGAAUCCUGUUACAUGGUAGACUUCAUCUCAUCCUCUUCUGUGAUGUUUUGAAACCAGUCAAUGUUUGAAAGGCCAUCCUGUGUGAACCAACCCCACAUUGACCUUUCCGACGGCAAAUGCCAGGAUUGAGCAAAAGUUCAGUCUGUUCUGGCCGGUUUGUUUUAGAAGACGGGACCAUCUUUUCAGUUGGCUUAUUCUUUAUGAGUUUCUAUAAUGAAAUUUGGUCGUCUGACUGCAAGAAACUCUCAAUCCGAGCUUGGAUGUGUGUCGUGUUUUUGAUAUACGAUACUGUCAUGGAGUCUAGGCCCAGCAUCUUGUCCUCGUGUGAGAGUUUGUGUGAACGUGUCAUGGGAAUCAUCGUUGUUGUUUUUUAAAAGUCAUAGCUAUUUUAUAAGAAAUAUGUAAAAAAUGUGUUUAAAAUAUAUAUUUAAAGUUUAAGGUGCACAUAACUACUGAGUAAAUAGUGAUUAACCCCAUAGAGAUUCGAGCUGAAGUGCUUCUCACUACAGAUUUCUGUGAGCAGAACUGCUGAAACAUCUGUCAUCUGCCUUUUUUUAAUCUAGUCAGCCGGUUUUUGAUUAUUGUUUGUGCUGUUUUGCAGGCGGGGGGGGGUGUUGUAUAAUACGGUAAUUACUAAACCAUGGCAAUCAGUCAUUAGGACAAAAAUUCUGGAGUCCUGAGAGACAGCUACUGUGUUCAAAUAUCUAGUGAGCUGCCUGCGUAUACAGCAUUUUAAAAUACACACUUGCGAUUUUAAAAUCCUGUGUUUUGGCCAGAUUUUAUGGAAGAAACACACACAAGUCUCUUAUGAUCCCAAAAGCUGCCUUUAUUAGACCAAAAUACAGUAAAAACAUAAUAAACUGAAAAAUAAUCAUAAUUUAUACACACACAAUUAUUACAAUUUAAAUAUUUUUUUAUAGUUUUAAUAGGUAUUUUAUUCCUUUGACGCAAAAAUAUCAGCUACAGCCAGUGGCACAUCAUCACGAGGAACAUGUAUUAUUAGUAAAGUGGGUUUUUUUAUGGAAACCACAAUCCAUUGUUUCAGAGUUCUGAAAAAGCGUUUAUGGCUAUUACUGACAAAUUAUUUUAAAUGCAUGCAAAAUAUUCUGUUUAAGUAUCAUGUAAUUAUAUAAAAUAAUCAUAUAAUUUAUAUAAUAUAUAUAUAUAUAUUACAUGAUGUGUAUACUGAAUAUUAAGCAUGCGUUUCAGAAAAAUGUAUCUUUUUACCUUGAGGGCAAUCUAGUGGGCAAACCAAGAAAAUUUUGAUUUUUAAAAUUCAGUACUGAAAAAACUGAUGUUUCCUACAUAGGCUGAAGAUAGCAAGGCAGCUCACUAGGUUUUGGGAAGUCUUUGAAGGCAUGCUGGCAUGGUGAAGAUUCUCGGAAAGGAAAAUCAUUCUCCAAUUUAUUUAGGUGGAGCGAGAAAAUGAGAAGACCCUUUAUCCAGUUAUGAGUGGUGAAGCAGGAACUUGACAUUGCAAUCAGAGACGAGCAGCCAUUGAAACUAAUGAAAAGUUUAGCUCUUCAACGAGGGAUCUGAUUGAUGCACUGAAAAAAAGAAGCAUUCAGACUGGGAAGAGGUGGCAACACAUAGCAACAGUGUGUCAGUCAUGUUAUAUAAGCGGGAACAAGUGGGAGAGGAAAUUGAGAAAUGGUGUUAUUGUAAUGUGUGUGAGUCUGUCUGUCUUUGAAUGCAGAGGCAGAGUGUGAAACAGUCCCACAGAGCCAAGAUAUGUGUGUGUGAGAGAGAGCGAGUGAAAACUACCUGAAGCUUUGAAAUAUUGACUAGUGCAAGCACAGGACUGCUCAUUUCCACCUGCCCAGCCUCUCUAAUGCGACAGCCAUCUUAAGCCCACUUAGAUCACAUAUGCCACCAUCUUCACUCCUCUACAGUGUGUUGCUUGUUAGACUCAGAUAUUUGAACAGUGUAUAUAUAGUAUAUCUAUAUAUUUUAAGUAAAUUCUUUGUAUAAAAAAAAAAAAGUUGAAAAUAUCAUUCUGAAAUCAUUUCAUCUGUAUAGCUGAGGUGCUCAGAUGGAAGACAGGCAAGACUGAAUGAAGUUUUAUAGAUGCAAAACAUGAUUUUCUUACUUUUCUUCGCAUUUGUCUUGUUUUGUAGUAAAACAAAACUAUAAAUAAAAGCACACACGCACACACACACACACACACACACACACACACACACACACAUAUAUAUAUAUAUAUAUAUAUACUAUAUACUUAAAUCCUAAAAUGAAAGUUUGCUGACAAUUUAUUGUUUUAAGAUGUAAUUGAGUUUAGUUUUCUGGACACUCACAAUGAAUGGGUGCCAUCUGAAUUAGUCCGAAAAGCUAAUAAAAACAUAUUAACCCACAAGUUAUCCAAAUCACUCCAGUCCAUCUAGUCAAGUGAGAGUUUGUGUUCUUGAAAAAAAUAAUAAUAUUAAUACAAAGAGACAACAAGAUUAUUUUUCUUACCCCAUUGGAAUACAAUAACCUUUUAGAAAACAAGACAUAUCUUAAGUUGUUUUGCUUCUCAAAUAAGUAUAUAUUUGUACUAGAAAACAAGACAAAAACACUGUGUAAGAAAAUCAUUUUUUUGCUGUAAAUGCAAUGGAUUUGCUGCUCCAGAUCCACGAUUUUAUCACUUGUUUGUUUGUUUUAUCCUUGUCUCUUUUACUACCUGCAGUCGUAUAUUUGUGCUUUCAUCAGUCAUCUGAAUGCAGUAAAGCAUUUAUCCAGUCAAAUUUAUCCCCUGAAAUCUCCGUUCUGCACACACCUGUCUGACAGCAUUAGGAAUGAUAUGUACUCUUUUGUCAAAGCUUUGCUUCAUUGCUCGUCCCACGGAUGCAGAACGGCAAAGUCCUGAAUGCACAAAGGUAUCAGUAUGAAAGGCUUCCGAGGAGAGAGAGAGAGAGGGGUCUUUGCACCAGCAUCUCAUCCCAAUGAUGCAGCUCUUCAAAUGGAGAUCAGUUCUCCGUAGCACACGUGUGGAGACGCAGAACUGUUGUGUUUUCAUUGGUGGACAGGAAUACAGAUCAAAGAACAAAGCCGUGUCUGACCGUACCGACCUUCAAAUGUGCAUGAACACAUGGCCACUCACAGGUCCCCAAACACACAGACCGCGUGUUCAGGAUUCAUCCUCGAAGUCUUCAGUUUAAUGCUCUUAUUUGUAAAUUGCCAAUCUCAGAAGGUCAAAGUAAUGGUUUAAUUUUCAUUUUCGAUAUCCGUGAGGUUUGCAGUGUUUGUGACCUUGUUAACAAAAUGUGGAAAAUGCAAAUAAAACAAAUAUUAGAUGAAAAUAUUAAACUUCACAACUUCAAAAAAUUAGAAAUGCUGCCUUG